AUGGCAGACUCGUAUGCUUUUGUUAAAGUAGGGAAAUUGAAGCUGAAAGGACACAAGGAGAAAAAACACAAAAAACAUAGAAAGAGAAAACAUGAAGAUGAUGAUGCAGCAGCAGGGAGUUCAAAACCAAAAGACACAUCAGACUUAGCAGAACAUGGAGGCUGGUGGCAGGCACAGAAACUAGAAGACAUCACUGGAAUGGUUGUGGUGGAGAUGAAUGAAAGACGCUACAUCUGUCCUCAGGACAAUGGCAGUCUUCGGCAGGGUCCUCAACAUGCCUCAGGUGAUAUACCAGAUCCUGAAGAAGUCUUGACUGCAAUCAAAAUCAACGAGACAAAAAUUGCUCUCAAAUCUGGUUAUGGAAAAUACCUAAGUAUUGAUACUGAUGGGUCUGUCAUAGGAAAGUCUGAUGCCAUUGGUUCGAGAGAACAGUGGGAGCCUGUGUUCCAAGAUGGAAAGAUGGCGCUCAAUGGUUGUAAUGGAAGAUUUAUGUCGUGUACUAGUGAUGACAAGAUUAUUUGUGUUAGUUCUAAAGCAGGACCAGAAGAGAUGAUACAGAUCCGCAUGAGUGUGAAAGAAGAGGAAGAUCCACUAGCUCACAUACCGAUAGAAGAGAGGGGCAAACUCAAGGAUGCUGAAAUCAACUAUGUGAAAAAAUUUCAGAGUUUUCAGGACAGAAAGCUGAAAAUUAGUGUGGAAGAUCUUUCAAAUCUGAAGAAAGCUAAGAAAUCUGGCUCCCUGCAUGAAUGUAUGCUGGACAGACGAGAAAAGUUGAAAGCAGACAGAUACUGUAAAUGACAUCUUCAUUGUACCAAGUAAAAUGGAAUGAUGCGGGUCAAAUAAGAGUUAGCUCCCUUCAACUGCCAGCCAUUACAAAGAAUGACCAGACGGGGACAACUUUAUAUAACCUCCAGGGGAUCUGUUUUAUUCCAUUUGAUGUUCAACAACUGUGACUUUAACAGGUCGUUAAGUCACGUGAUGUGAAAUGACACUUGACAGUCACCUUUCAGAUCAAUAUUCCAUGAAUUUGAAGGACGCAGGACGACAAGCCAACAAGUCAUUAUACUAUGUGAUAGGAAAAGUUGACAGGAUUGUUUUUAGUUUAAACAUAUUUUAUUGCCGAAAAAACAAGACAAAUGGAUUGGGCAUAAGUUAAAUCAACACUAUCGACGCCCUCUCCAAUCAAUAUACAUAUAAAUUUUAAGGCAAUGGCACACAAGAACAAAAUAAUGAGGUAUGAUAUACAUGUAACAAUUGAUAUAUCAUUAUAAUUUUAUAGGAAGGCUGGUUUCCUAUCUUAAAAUGUAAAUCUAUUGUUGUACCUUAUGUAAAUUUGCAAUAAAUUAAAGAUAUUUUCA